CACUUUGGUCGGCCUGCUACAAGCCGUAGCGCUAACGCCGGCAGGUAGUUUGCAAACAUGGCUGUCAACCUAGCGAAGCACAAGGAUGAACUCCUUAGCGCUUGGAAAGAAGUGGUGGAUGAUAACGACGGGACCAACUGGGCCUUGUUUGGUUAUGAUAAGCAGACAUACGACCUUUGCUUGGUUGGAAAAGGAGCUGGGGGCCUCGAGGAGCUGACUGAAGAAUUAAACUGUGGGAAAAUAAUGUACGCAUUCUGCAAGGUGCAAGAUCCCAACACAAGUAUUUCAAAAUUCAUCCUAAUCAACUGGCAAGGUGAAGGAGCACCAUUAGUAAAGAAAGGCUGCUGUGCAAAUCACUUUAUGGAUAUUAGCAAUUUUUUUCGGGGUGCACACAUCACAAUCACAGCAAGAAAUGAGGAUGAUGUGGAUCCUUCACUCAUACUGGACAAGCUUUCUAAGUGCACUGUGUCUUCCUUCAGCCUUAGGGAACGUUCCGACCCAACAGAGAGCUCUAAACCAAUUGGAAGUGUCUACAAGCGCAUACAACCAGCCAGGGAGAUAUCUACGACAGAGAGAGAAAAGUUUUGGAUGAAGGAACAGGAGGAAGAGAAGAAACGCAUUGAGGAAGAAAAGCUUAAGGCUGAGACAACCAGAAAUCGUCUGGCUGAGGAAGUGAAGGAGCGUGAGUUGAAGGAUGCUCGAGCAAGAGAGGAGUGGUUCAAGGAACGAUCACUCUCUAUAGACAAAAUGCGGGAGGCAGAGAAGAACGCCCAGAACUCUUCGCACAACAAAGUGAACAAAAAACUUUGGGAGCAGCAGCUGCAAGAGGACAUACAAGAUGAAGAAGAACGGAAACGCCGGUCACAGAGUUUGAGGAAUCAGCGGAGUGAGGAAGCACAGGCACUGAUUGCCCAGCGGACCAUCAAUCCAAAGGCCAUGUUUGAACCCACCACAUACUCUGGUACCUAUGCCUCCCAAGCUGCUUGUGUUGAAAAUCAUGCAUCUGCAAAACACACUAAUCACGGGAGCACGGCCUCAAGAGCUGACGCGUGUGCUAGCCCGCAUGCUAUGCAGAACAAUCGAGAGGCGGCAGUGACAUCGCCUCCGGCUGAGUUCACAUACACACGCAACCAGCUUCAGGACACAGAGUCUACUCGAUCAGAGCCUGAAGCUGAGCAGACUCACAAUCAGAGCUGGGAAGCAGGGGGAGCUGUUGGGGCCUCUGUGUGUGCAACUGAGGCAGUGGAUGAACACAGCUUUGGCUUGAGUCAAGCGCAGCUGGCAACUGUGGAAAGCAGUGAUCCAGGACUCAAGGCUCGGGCUUUGUAUGACUACCAAGCUGCCGACGACACGGAGAUUUCGUUUGACCCUGAUGACGUCAUCACACACAUUGAACAGAUCGACGAAGGCUGGUGGCAAGGCUUGGGGCCUGAUGGUACCUAUGGUCUUUUCCCUGCCAAUUAUGUGGAGCUCAUUGAAUGAACCAUGUUUUGUGCAGCUGCAAAUAUAGUUGUUAAGCUGCUGGCACACAUCACUGGCGCCUAAGUUUUAUGCACACUAGAUAUAUGCAUUUAUAUACUUGUAGCAUUAAAUGGCAGCAGGUGCAGCACUGUGCAUCUCUUUCUCCAUUACUUUUGAUGGCCAGUGGCACUGAGUGGAGCUUGUCCAUUUGUUACAAGUGGUCUUUACACUCUAACAUUUUUUAUUUUAUUUAUUAUUGUUAUUAUUAUCAUUAUUUUUUUUUUGGCUGGCAAAUUUUUUGCCAGUCUUCUGCCAGGCUGUUCUUGAGCCUAGUGUGGAUUAGGACUCUAUUAAUGGUAUACUUCUACACUAUGCAUGCUACUCCACGUGGCUUGUGCAGCCCUGUAGCAAAAGGUGAAAAGCCAGGAUUUUAUAACUUGAGGAAUGCUAGUCUUUGAUGCUUGCAUAGACAUGCAAAUUUGGUUGAAAUAAAAGGAACAGCAUGGCAGUGGUAUUCUGCUGGUUGCUAAGGAGGCACAGCUUUUCACCUCAAGGCAUGUCUAAAUGUAUGUGCACUCGCAUUUUAUUUUGACACUGGAGACAAGGUGUGCACAGUGCUGCACAGUUGCUGUUGAUAUCAGGGCUCUGUUUUUGUCAUGCUUGUAUUCUUUGCCAUGCUUCUUCACUGCUGAUCAUAUUCUCAAGAGGUUUUCUUGUACUGCCUACAAAAAGCUAUGGCUUGCAUUUUUGGACUUCCACUAUUGGCUAGUGCUUCCUAUUCGUGUGUCCUUAAAGGGACCCUGAAACGAUUUUGAUGAUUUUGUACAAAUGUACCGAGUUGGUAGGGUAGGUCCUCCUUAUCAUUAAGUGACACAUUUAAGCUCUCCAUGUGAAGCACAUAAUUUAUUAUAAGGUUUUAAAAUGUGCAUCGCUACCGAUCACAGUGACGCUGCUUCCCUGUGCUUUCAGCUGCCCCAUCCCGAUUGACGCGUUUGGCCCAACUGACAUCAGUUGGGUGAGCUAUCCGAUUGGCUACCCAGGUUGCAUCAUCGAUAAUUUUUCUAACUUAAUGGUCAACAAAUGUUCGCAAUAGUUGGAAUUUUGGUUAAUUUGUUUCUAUAAAUAAAAGUAGCAGAAAGAGAAUACACAACGACAAUUUAUCACUACAGUCGAGCACUUCUGGCACACUGCAAGUGUUGUCUGCUUGUGUUACAACAUGCUCCAUGUUACGUGAGCACCAUGGUUCACUCUUGUUGUAUUGUGGGCUGCAAACGUAGCGAUCGGCUAUAUGUCAAGCUGCGAUAUCGUGUCCCUCUGCGAGGCAGCAGACGAGCUGAGUGGCUGCAGUGCAUCGGACUUUCGAUAUCCGAUCGUUGCCAGGAUCUAUGCGUUCACCGCCAUCACUUCACGCCGGAGUAUUACUACCACAAUAUAGGGUUUUAGCGUGUCAGGUAUUCGGGUAAACAUUAGCGCAAGCGGUCUGGGCGUUUUACCAGAUGAGCGGGGGCGCAAAUGUGAACAGCCUGCACGGUGCAGCCAUCUUGUGGCACAGAGCUCAACCAGACAAGCACACAGAGCUAAUAUAGCAGUAACGAAAUGUGUUCUACUUUGCUGCUGGUGUAAAUUUUCGGCAGGAACGUAAUCGUGAACACAUCGUCUUUUUAAAUGUUUAAAAUGCUUGACACUUGGUUACAGCAAUAAUAGCUCUGUGUAUGGCUAGUUCAGCUCUGCACUACCAGGUGGCUGCAUCAUGCAGGCUGCUCAUGUUUACGUAAAGUGCCUUUAUCACAGCAGUAAUAGUAUAGAGGGGCUUUAGUUUACGCCUUCUCCCAUCCAUCAAAACGCCCAGCCUACCUGUGGUUACUGGAAUCCCGGACACGCUCGGCGCUGCGACAGAACAUCACAAUGCACACUGCUUGGAUAACUCUUGCGAGGGAUCGAUGGCCAGGUGACUACUGGAGAGGCUUCAGGCACUGGUUCCAAGACAACCCAAAGUAGACGACACGAUGUCACGUUAUGACGCAGAGCCAGUGAAUGCAGAGCUUAGCCCCGAUCACUCAGUGAAUGAGUUGAGAAACAGCAUGGCUAGGGAGGAGGGUAACGUUUGAUCAUCUGUAGCUCUCUUAAUAUGAGAUGCUUCACUUAAAUUAUAGUGCCAGCAUUUUACUGUAGCUCUACCCUACGCAUCGCCAAAAUUUGUCCAAACCGUUUUUGGGACCCUUUAGGCACACCUGCAAGCCAUUGAAGCUGCACUACGUGUUCAUAUUAGCUAUACGAUUUGUCAUAGGAUGUUUUCCCCGUUUCUUCUUUUUCUUGUGUUCAUGUGCUCUUCAAAGGUGCCAGUAGCGUUUUUGUCUUGCAACAAGUAUUUUCCUUGCAUUUCAAAAAGAAAAAAGUGAGCCUUGUUGCAUGUGUUCUAUAAAGCUAAGUCAUGUUGAUGAAAGCCAUGUGCUGAGUGUGAGCCACACCUUUUACAGUGAUGGCAUGUGAAAUGUGAAGCCUGCAAGCAGGUCUCAGGAGUAUAUACACUACUAUGUACUAACUGCUGGUUUACCAAAAAGAGAGAGAGAGAGAAUGCAUGGUUGCAAUCCGCUUAUAAUGAUGUUCACAAAACACUAAAGUCCCAUUGUUAUGAACAGUUAUCGUUAUAUCGAGACCAACCAUAAAUGCUACGUUCCAGGUAUAUCUGUAUGCUUGUGUGAGGGCAACAACUUUUUCUCUGCAUCUUGAGAAGGUGCAGCUUUAAAAAAGUAUACCUUUAAAGACAGCUCAGUCCUGUGCCUAUAUUGAAGUUGGAGAAUCCACUUGGCAAAAAGGAAACAAGGAACAAAAAACUUACUUUGUUACUUAAGGAACUAACUAAAUUUGCAUCAUGUACACAUAAAUUCCAAAAUUUAGCUAUCAUUCUGUGGCACAUAGUGCAUGUAGACACUUCACAUAUAGUCCUUAGUCCUGCAUGACAUUGCCUGCCAAAUUGCAGGUGUGCUUACAUGGUGAUCAUCUAUAUACUGAUGCUAACCCAUGGUGUCUGCAUUGUUUCUUUUGCAGUAUAUUUCACUGUUUUAUAUUGUACUUGAUUUUCCCCAGAAGUUGUUUAUGAGAAGUAUUCUAAUGGUUGUAUCCAGUAUGCUGCCAUGAUCCCAGCAUCAGGUACGGUUUGUUUUUUCAUAGAACUAAUAAGAAAAUUGAUAAUGCUGACGUUACUGAUUGUUAUAAGUGAUGCAUAUUGUUAUUUGUGGUAUCAUUAUGAGUGGAUUACGCUGUAACUUUUUUUCCUCUGGCCACUACUUAAACUGCUUGCACAUUGUACUAUACAUAUUCAAGUUAUUGCCCAAGUUGCUUUUUGUAAUAAACUAGUUCACUAAGA